AUGGUGCAAGUCUAUCACAGUCAGGGUAGCGAGUGCGACUCGCCCCUCAGGGGCUGCGUAAGCUGCGUGGGGCGGCGUGCCUCACCUGGAGCGGAUGUUUCCCUGACGCCGGUGAGGUGCACGUUUCACAAGGACCAUAUGCUUUGCAACGGACAGCCCAGGCCUCUCAGACUAGACAUCAGCUGGCGGGCCUUCACCGACGAGCCCCUCCUCCUAUUGCUCCUGGGUCAUCCACUACACACCAGCAGACAUAUGCUGUACCAUCAAGCCCAUUUUUGGCUCCCCGGCAGCCUGUUACAAGGUCUGGGCACUCACAGAGUGAUCGGCCCAGGGCUUCACAUGUGCCUCGGUCAUCACAGUCUGGUCACCAGCCCUCCAGGCCUUCGAGAGGCCGGGGGGGGGGGCGUAGGUGAAGCCCCCAGGCCGGCAGUCGGUUGUUUCACCCCGGAACAGCUCCAGUACUGGGCUGCCAACACCCCAGACAUGUGGGUGUUGACCACCUUAUCACAGGGAUACCGCCUACAGUUCCGUCGCCAGCCUCCUGUUUUCGGCCAGGUCCGAAUGACUGCCAUUUCAGACCUGGCAAAAUCCGUGGCACUCAAUCUGGAAAUAGCAACCCUGCUGGAAAAGGGUGCAAUUGUACACGUAGACCCUCGGCAGGAUCCAGGGCUUUUUUAUUCAAGAUACUUCCUUGUCCCGAAGAAAACUGGCAACCUCCGUCCAGUUUUGGACCUGCGAGGUCUCAAUGUGUUUUUAAGAGUCAUGCCUUUUCACAUGCUACACACCUCAGAGGUGCUUCAGGCACUUUUCCCAGGCAAAUGGUUCACGACAAUCGACCUGAAGGAUGCUUAUUUUCAUGUACCGAUCGCACGCAAUCAUUGGAGGUUCCUUUGCUUUGCUUUUCAGGGGAGACAUUUUCAGUUCAGGGUCCUCCCGUUUGGGCUGUCCCUGUCACCCAGGGUGUUCACCCGAGUGGUGGCAGCAGCCUUGUCUCCACUACAGGCGCGGGGUUUGAAGAUUCUACCUUACCUCGACGACUGGUUAAUUUGUGCACCCAGCCACGACCAGGCCAUUCACGACACAGGGCUUGUACUUGAGCAUGUGAGCCGCUUGGAACACAUAAAUGUGCUGGAGUUAAUGGCUGUGGACUUGGCACUGCACCAUUUUCUGCCGAACUUGCAAGGCAGGCAUGUGCUUGUACGUUCAGACAACAGGUCGGUGGUUUACCAUAUAAAUCACAUGGGAGGGACCAGAUCAGUGAAUCUCACACAGAGAACACAGCAGCUUCUCAGGUGGGCGUCCGUCCAUUUUGCCAGCCUGCGGGCAGUCUAUCUCCCGAGGACGCUGAAUCAGGUGGCGGAUUUCCUCUCUCGCCAGACUCUCUUGCUGGGGGAAUGGAAGCUUCACCCAGAGGUGGUCUGCACCAUCUGGAGGGUCUUCGGCAGGGCCGAAGUGGAUCUGUUCGCCUCACAGGAAGCGACCCAUUGCCCUCUCUGGUUCUCUCUGAGGGACAACACCAGCCCGCUGGGUCAGGACGCAUUGGCUCACGACUGGCCUCACGUUCUCCUCUACGCCUUUCCUCUUUCCCCGAUUUAUCAAACACUCCUGAGGGUUCUGCAGGAGGGACACAAGCUUCUGCUGGUUGUCCCAUUCUGGCCAGCGAGGAUCUGGUUCUCACUUCUGCACAGACUCUGUUGCAGCUCUCCAAUGCGCCUCCCCGCCAGGACGGACCUCUUGUCCCAGCUGGGGGGACGAAUACUGCAUCCCCAUCCCAGCGGCCUUCAGCUCUGGGUUUGGCCUCUGCAAGGCCAAACCCAUUCUCAACGCAUUCUCAGAGAACUUUUGGAUCAUGAUCUGUCGCCUUCGACAUUAAAGGUAUAUGUGGCUGUAAUAUCUUGCUGGCACAGUGGGGUGAAUGGUGGCACUGUGGGCAGUGACAAGAAGGUUUCCCGUUACUUGAAAGGUGCUAGACGGCUUCAUCCAACUACACGACCAGUGGCUCCUUCAUGGGAACUUUCACUGUUCCUGGAGACUCUGCAUGCUCAUCCAUUCGAGCCUAUUGCCCAGGCAGACAUUAAGUGGCUGUCGUUUAAGACGGCAUUUCUCCUCGCCAUGGCUUCGGGGGAGGCUGAUGCCUGA